GCACGCGCAGUCGUGCCGGCCCCCCGCAGACCCGCCAUGGCGUCCGAGCGGCUCCCGAGCCGGCCCGCCUGCCUCCUCGUGGCCAGCGGCGCCGCGGAAGGCGUGUCGGCCCAGUCCUUCCUGCACUGCUUCACGCUGGCCAGCGCUGCCUUCAGCCUGCAAGUGGCCACCCCUGGGGGGAAGCCCAUGGACUUCGUCGACGUGAACGAGAGCAACGCGCGCUGGGUGCAGGACUUCCGCCUCAAAGCUUACGCCAGCCCCGCCAAGCUGGAGUCUAUUGACGGAGCCCGCUACCACGCCCUGCUGAUCCCCAGCUGCCCUGGGGCCCUGGUGGACCUGGCCAGCAGCGGGUCCCUGGCUCGCAUCCUGCAGCACUUCCACUCUGAGAGCAAGCCCAUCUGUGCUGUGGGCCACGGCGUGGCCGCCCUCUGCUGCGCCACCAGCGAGGACAGGUCCUGGGUGUUCCAAGGCUACAGUGUCACCGGGCCCUCCGUGUACGAGCUAGUACGGGCGCCAGGUUUCGCCCACCUGCCCCUGGUCGUGGAGGACUUCGUGAAGGACGCAGGGGCCUGCUUCAGCGCCAGCGAGCCUGACGCCUUGCACGUGGUGCUGGACCGCCACCUGGUCACCGGGCAGAACGCCGGCUCCACCGUCCCUGCUGUGCAGAACCUGCUUUUCCUCUGUGGCAGCCGGAAGUGAGCAGGCCCCGAGCAGAUGCCGCCACCUCCAGAUGUCCUGGGUGUCCCCCGAGACCCUGCCUCGUGACACCCGGCCUGCCUGGCCCCUG